UUUAUUCAGUAACUUUCAUUACUUCAAAGAAUACACAUGAAAACCUUUUCACAGCGAGUUCCUUCCCUGAUAUAGUUAAAUGCAAAUUACCUUUUUUCCCUCUUACUCCAGAAAGCUCCUGCAUACAUAGCUGAUACGCCACCUACUGCAAAACCGAGCUGACAGCACAGGCAACGCUGCCAGCAUUUCCAUUCCAUCACCAGGCUGGGGCUGAAUAAAGGCGUGUUUGUGUGGUAGUGUUUCUUUUUAAAAAAUCUCAACGCCAAGAAGAACAAGCUGAAAUAGCAUUUUCAAAAAUGGAGCGUAAAAUAAACAGAAGAGAAAAAGAAAAGGAGUAUGAAGGGAAACACAACAGCCUAGAAGAUGCUGACCAGGGAAAGAACUGCAAAUCCACCCUGAUGACCCUCAACGUUGGUGGAUACUUAUACAUUACUCAGAAACAAACACUGACCAAGUACCCAGACACUUUCCUUGAAGGUAUAGUAAAUGGAAAAAUCCUCUGCCCAUUUGAUGCCGAUGGUCAUUACUUCAUAGACAGGGAUGGGCUCCUCUUCAGGCAUGUUCUAAACUUCCUACGAAAUGGAGAACUUCUGCUGCCAGAAGGGUUUCGAGAAAAUCAACUUCUCGCACAAGAAGCAGAAUUCUUUCAGCUCAAGGGACUGGCGGAGGAAGUGAAGUCCAGGUGGGAAAAAGAACAGCUAACACCCAGGGAGACUACUUUCUUGGAAAUAACAGAUAACCAUGAUCGCUCACAAGGACUGAGAAUCUUCUGUAAUGCUCCUGAUUUCAUAACAAAAAUAAAAUCUCGCAUUGUUCUGGUGUCCAAAAGCAGGCUGGAUGGCUUUCCAGAGGAGUUUUCAAUAUCGUCAAACAUCAUUCAAUUUAAAUACUUCAUAAAGUCUGAAAACGGCACUCGACUUGUACUGAAGGAAGACAACACCUUUGUCUGCACCUUGGAAACUCUUAAGUUCGAGGCCAUAAUGAUGGCCUUAAAGUGUGGUUUUAGACUGCUGACCAGCCUGGAUUGCUCCAAAGGGUCGAUUGUUCACAGCGAUGCACUUCAUUUUAUCAAGUAAUUACCUGUGUCACAAACAAAGGCAACAAGCAUGCAGCCAGCAAGCUUCGGAAAAGCACAGCACCAAAGGCAUCCCAAAUAACGUGCCCAGCUAGCUCUGUACUCAGAGACCUGCUGCUAAUCAAUUACUGUGAGCUAACGGUAUGUAAAUUCUAUUGCUAAAGAUGUCCUUCUCCAGGGUGUUCCUGCUGAUCAGACUCGUACACUUAAAGUGAAAACAGUGAUCUUCUACGUAUUGUAAAUAAAGACUGAAUGCUUUUGCUAUUUGUUUAUUUUUCCUUAAGCUGUCUUUCAAUCAGAAUGUCUUGAGUAUUUGCACAACGAACAAGCAUGUACAUUAUCUAUCGUUCUUUCAAGUAAAUGGUAAUAAAAUAUUUUAAGGGACUGUAAGAUUUUAAAUCCUUUCUAGUUAUGGCAAAAAUCUACAAAGAAACUGAACUGGUAAAAUUAACCAUUGAGACCAAGACAGAUGUGCAGAUGUACUAAAACAGAGCUGUGGUGAAACAAAAUGAGAUUGUAAGAAUUAAAGCUAUGGAUUUAAUUUUUAAUGGUAGGCACCAAAAGCUUGUUCACAGUUUCUGUAUUUCAUACUAGAAUUACAGCUGAAUCUGAACUGAUAUAUUGCUGAAAAUUCCUAGAAAACUGCUUGAUGACAAUAAAAAAAAAAAAGAAAGCA